UCAGUGCAAAAUGGAUCGUUACACCAGAAGGACAGCGUGCACGACAACGACUUCGAGCAGUACCUGUCUGGCCAGUCUAAUCAGAGUAACAGCUACCCUUCAAUGACGGACCCAUACCUCUCCAGCUACUACCCUCCAUCGAUUGGUUUCCCGUACUCUCUCAGUGAGGCACCGUGGUCAACAGGUGGGGAUCCUCCUAUCCCGUACCUCACCCCGUAUGGACAACUGAGCAAUGGAGACCACCAUUUCAUGCACGAUGCUGUGUUUGGCCAGCCUGGUGGACUUGGAAACAACAUCUACCAACAUCGUUUCAACUUCUUCCCCGAGAACCAUGCCUUCUCUGCCUGGGGCACCAGUGGCUCUCAGGGCCAGCAGACUCAGAACUCAGCCUAUGGGGGUAGUUACAGCUACCCGCCAAGCUCUCUGGGGGGCACCAUUGUGGAUGGACAGACCGGGUUUCACAAUGAGACUCUGAAUAAGGCGCCUGGUAUGAACAGCAUUGAGCAGGGCAUGGUGGGGCUAAAGAUAGGUAGCAAUGUUACCGCCUCUGCAGUCAAGACAGUGGGCUCUGUGGUCAAUAGUGUAGGGAUGCCCAGCGCCCUGUCUGGCAAUGGGGGCACAAGCAUAAGCAUGCCACCUUCAAAACCCACUUCUUGGGCCGCCAUAGCCAGCAAACCUGCCAAACCCCAGCCUAAGACAAAAACCAAGCCCGUGACCAUCAUUGGCGGAGCCCUGCCACCGCCACCCAUCAAACACAACAUGGACAUCGGAACAUGGGAUAACAAGGGCCCAGUCACAAAGCCUCCGAUGCCUCAGCAGAUCCCGUCUCCUCAGUCCAUCCCUCAACCGCAACCCCAACAGCAGCUCUGCCCAAGCCCCCUUCCAAAACCCCCUCCACCACCGCAGCAGCAGCAACAGGCCCCACAAAACCGCUGGGUAGCCCCUCGGAACAGGAACGCUGCCUACGGGCAAGGUGGGGGAUCUGAUGGCAAUCCCUUGGGUGGGGCUCAGCCUCACGCUGCUCCUGGUAGUGACUCCCAUCCAGUGUUGGAGAAGCUCAAAGCCUCCCACAGCUACAACCCCAAGGACUUUGACUGGAACCUGAAAAACGGGCGAGUGUUUAUCAUUAAGAGCUACUCUGAGGACGAUAUCCACCGCUCCAUCAAGUACUCUAUCUGGUGUAGCACAGAGCAUGGGAAUAAGCGUCUAGACAGCGCCUUCCGCUCCAUGAACGGCAAAGGCCCGGUCUACUUGCUCUUCAGCGUCAACGGCAGUGGACAUUUCUGUGGCGUGGCCGAGAUGCGGUCACCCGUCGACUACGGCACCAGCGCCGGUGUCUGGUCGCAGGACAAGUGGAAGGGCAAGUUUGACGUCAAGUGGCUCUUUGUCAAGGACGUCCCGAACAACCAGCUGAGGCACAUCCGCCUGGAGAACAACGACAACAAACCGGUCACAAACUCGCGAGACACGCAGGAGGUGCCCUUAGAAAAAGCGAAACUAGUGCUUAAAAUCAUUGCCACUUACAAGCACACGACCUCCAUCUUUGAUGACUUUUCUCAUUAUGAGAAGCGCCAGGAGGAGGAAGAGGUCGUGCGCAAGGUAAAGAAUUAG